AUGCCCUCAACCCCGUGGACUAGACUAGACACAAGCACCCGUGCUAUCGCCGUGAUCGGUGUAAGCGUGAUGGGCCGACGGAUCUGCAUUAUGUGGGUAGCAGCGGAACCCUCGGUAAUCCUAUGCGAGAAACCAGAAGCCAGCUACGACGGCGCAGUCGACUACAUCAACAACAAAGGCGCGCAAGCAGGCAAGCUAGGCGCGAAGCCAAGCGAAUUGAGAGUCACCGCGUCGCUGGAAGAAGCUGCCGGAAACGCAUGGAUGGCCAUCGAGGCUAUUUCCGAAAAGCUGGAGAUCAAGAUCGAGAUCCUGGGCCAGGUUGACAAGGUUGCCUCGGACUCUGUUAUCACUAGGAACUCUUCUUCCCUGAAGACGAGCGAGAUGAUCGUGAAGACGGAGAAGACUUACCGUAUCUGCAAUGGUCAUUACUAUAUGCCGCCUGAGCAGGUUUACUACGAGGUCAUGUCGUGUGGACAUACCGAUCCUGAUGUAUUUCCGUUUUUGAUGGAGAAGGCUGCUAUGGCGGGUUUCCGGCCUGUUUACGCCAAGGUUGAUUCGACUGGCCUGGUUUUCAAUCGCAUUUGGGCUUCUAUCAAAUGGGAGGUUUUGUUGGUGCUGGCUGAGGGGUUUAGUGAUGGUCAAACUGGUGAUGAAAUGUUCAAGGGUUGGUUCAAGGCAGUCAAGGGAUCUUGUCAGACGAUGAAUACUGUUGGCUUGGAUACCGUGUACAAUAUUGAAGUCAUUUUUGUUCAGCAGCGCGGUUUGGAUCCCACUGCUGGGGGUUGGCUGAAUUAUGUUGACAAAGGUAAUUUGGGCGUCAAGGGUGGCAAGGGACUCCUCGGCUAA